GUGCCGGCGGCAGGGCGCAGCCUCGCGGCGAGGGGCGCGCGGCGGCAGGUUGGAAGAAAGUCUUGUGUGACCUGGGGAACAGGACUUAAGAAGCAGUUGAAGUCCCGUAGGACUGUCAAGUACUGAUGUUCCCAGUUCAUAGACAAGGGAACUGGCUCACAAAGGGCUUUCACUUUUCUUCCCAUCUGUGUUCCCCUCUGAGUCCGUGAGGAUGAAAUUUCCUGGUUGACGUUUGAAGUCUAAUCCCGCAUCCAUUGCCAUCUAGAAAAUGUCUUAUGGAUCCAUUGAUGGUAGUGGCUUUGGGAGUAGGAAUCCAUUUGGAGGCCCUUCGAGACAAGGCUAUCAACCUCUCGCCACCCAGAUUGAUCCCAGUGAACUACAGGAACUUUUUCAGGAGACUUCAGCCAAUGUCUUCCGAAUUAACUCCAAUGUGACCUCUCUGGAAAGAAGCCUUCGAUCUCUGGGGACCUCAAAUGAUACUCAAGAGCUGCAGGAUGGACUGCAUGCAACUCAGCAGGAGACUAAUAAAACCAUCACGACUAGCACCAAAGCCAUCAAGCAGCUGUCUGAGGUUGUCAGAGGCUCAUCCAGGCAAGAGCGACUUCAGCUGGACAGGCUGAAGAACCAGCUGUCAGAUGCCAUCCAGAGAUAUGGAGCUGUGCAGAAGAAAAUAGCAGAGAAAUCCAAAGCUUUGCUUCCUAAUGGGCAGAGAAAUACCAAACAGCAGAGCCCUAGGACCCCCUUCUCUGACCUACCUGAUGAUGAGAAGAUCUUUAACGGAGGAGAUGGCAUGUGGCAGAACCAGAGCCAGGAUCAAGCCUUGCUCUCGGAAAUCACAGAAGAGGAUCUGGAGGCCAUCCGUCAGCGGGAAGAGGCCAUUCAGCAGAUAGAGAGUGACAUGUUGGAUGUGAACCAGAUCAUUAAAGACCUGGCCUCCAUGGUGUACGAGCAAGGAGAUGCAAUAGAUAGUAUUGAAGCCAACAUUGAGACUGCAUCUUCUAAUGUAGAGUCAGCCAAUGAGCAGUUGGCAAAAGCCAGUCAGCACCAACUACGAGCCAGGAAGAUGAAGUGCUGCCUUCUCUCUGUUGCGUUGGCUGUUCUGCUGUUCAUUGUCAUCAUCAUCGCAGUCUCUGUCAAGCGCUGAUUUGGCUGCGGUUUCCACAGAGCCUGUGAUCACCCUGUGGAGUGGAAUGGAUUCUCAAAGCAUUUCACAUUCAGGCCCUGCGUCAACGUCUGCUUUACUGAUCACGUCAUGUUAAAACUGCUAUAGCCAACAAACACUAAUUGUAUGACAGAAAAGCUAAGUUUUAUACUGUGUGUUAGUAUAAUCGUGAAUAAUUUUAUUUUUUUUCCCCCCCUUCAUUGCAGACAUGUUUUCCCUUAUGUUACAGAUUUUAAUUAUGUCCCCUGUGUAUCUGGGGAAUGCUAUUUCUUUGCCUCCAGAUUUAGUAUACAGAGUGCUGUAAGAUACGUAGCUGUUAACUCAUCUUUAUUGUUUGUGUUUUUACUAUGCUCCUUUAUCUCCAGUUCUGCUCAUUUAAGCCCAUGAAAGUCAACAUGUUUUGUUUGAUUCUUUUUGUUGUUUUUGUUGUUGUUUUUGUACAUUUUAAAAAUAAUCUAGCUCAGAUUCUCAUACUGUGCACUGCUACUUUGGAGUUUGCUCUGCCAGAUCUGAGCGAAGUAAUUUCACAAUUAUAUAUGCUAUUUACAAACACGUCAAUUAGAUGCUUAUUUGAUCCCAUUGUAUGCAUAGAACACCACAUGGAUUUAUGAUAAACACUAGUGAAAAAGCAGGAGAAAUAAACAUUAAAACAUAUUGUUACCUUUUUUUUUAAAAGGAAAAGACCUUUAAUCUGUUAAAAAAAAAAAUCAAGGAAGGCAUCUCAUGAAAAAUGUCAAUUUUGCAUUAAAUUUCAUUCAUAAGUUUCAAUGCAACCAGCAUUUGGGAUUUUGUUUCAUUUUCACCCACAAUAUUUUCUGCUGAAAACAUGAUUGAAAAUGCCACUUAAAUUCUUCUUUAAAUGUGUCGUGUACCAUAAAUGCAGUUUUCCUCCAGUAAAUAAAGCAUUUCAAAAAUGGUUUUAAUUAAAAUAUCAUAGGUAUUAUUGAAGGGAAUUUCACAAAAUAAUGUUUUUUAUUCUUCAUGAAAAGUUACAACUUUUGACAAAAAUGUUUCUCUCCAGAAAAGAAAAAAAAAAAAAUCAGCUACGUCUGUACGUUAUGGAUUUUUGGUUACUGUGAAGGUUUAGAAAAGAAUAACAAAUACUAAACUAAACUCUCACCUGCACUGAUUUCAAUUACAUGCUUCCUUUCCAAAAAGCUGACACAGUCUUUCAUCAGUAAAGGCUGGGCACAGAAAAUGCUCAGAGAAAUUCUGCAGGUGCUUAAGCUCAUUCAGGGUCAAAACUGUAAAACUUAAAUCAAUGCGGUUAGGCUGUGUGAGGAAACAAAAGUCUGACUUUCUUGUGUUUUUUGUCUAGAUCUUACCUACAAAACCUAUAUAACUAGAAUUUUAUGUAACGUUAAAUAUUCAAAAGUUGCUUUUAAGAAAAGCUAAUUAAUAGAAGCUAUUCUUUUUUUCCCAACCAAGCUUAGUACUGCCAUGAAAUUACGAAUUAUGAUACCUACUGCUUUACCUUACUACAGGGAGAGUUUACUUCUGCAGUAGAGCUCCCUACUUAUAGUCAUUACAAACUGUAGGCUGCCUCUAUCAGCAAAUUUGGCAAAUCCUAUAGUGAUGAAAAUGAUUUUCAUCUAGUUAGUAAGAGCUGAAAAGAACCCAGCUCGUAGCUGAUUGCAAGCAAAUAUUUUGAGAGCCUCGAGUUGUAUUUGAACAAGGGAUCCAGAACAAAAUCCUUGCCUAUUUGUUAAUCCCAUUCAUUAGAAGCUCAGUGAUUACCUCAUUAGUAUGAUGCAGUGCAGAGACAGACUGAUGGAGCUUUCAAUGAGCCAGCUUACACAACAGAUGGAUUUGGCACCAAUGAUCCAGGUGAAGUAUUUCUCUGCUGAAACUACGGAGGCUGCCUGGCUUAGACCAAGCAUGAAACCUCCACGUGGAAACACAGACAUACUCCCUCCUGUUUUGUAUUAUAGACUUGGUUAUAAUGGCAAACACUGUUUCAAAAAGACACUAUUCACUAAGGUUUCCAUAAAACAGUGUACUCAUACUAAAUCAUAGAAUCAGAGAAUGGUUUGGGUUGGAAGGGACCUUCAAGGAUCAUCUAGUCCAACUUCCCUGCCCUGGGCAGGGACACCUCCCACUAGAUCAGGUUGCUCAAAGCCCCAUCCAACCUGGCCUUGAGCACUGCCAAUGAUGGGACAUCCACAAGUUCUCUAGGCAACCUGGGCCAGUUUUUCACCAUCCUCAACGUAAAAAAUUUCUUCCAUAUGUCCAAACUAAAUUUACCCUCUUUCAGUUUAAAAACACUGCCUCUUGUUCUGUCGCUACAAGCCCUCGUAAAAAGUCUUUCUCUGUCUUUCUUACAAGCUCCCUUUGCAUAUUGAAAGGUUGCAAUGAGGUCUGCCUGGAGUCUUCUCCCACCUGAACAACCCCGACUCUCUCAGCCUGUCCUCAUCGCAGAGGGGCUCCAGCCCUCUGAUCAUCUUCAUGGCCUCCUCUGGACUUGCUCCAACAGGUCCAUGUCUUUCUUAUGUUGGAGUCCCCAGAGCUGGACACAGAACCGCAGGUGAGGUCUCACCAGAGUGGAGCAGAGGGGCAGAAUCCCCUCUCUCACCCUGCUGGCCAUGCUUCUUUUGAUGCAGCCCAGGAUGUGGUUGGCUUUCUGGGCUGCAAGCGCACAUUGCCGGCUCAUGUUGAGCUUCUCAUCAACCAACAUCACCAAGUCCUUCUCCUCAAGGCUCCUCAGUUAAUUCUCCACCCAGCCUGUAUUGAUACAGGUGGUUGUCCCAAGCCAAGUGCAGAACCUUGCACUUGGCCAUAGUUUUUCCCUUUACUGGCAUAUUUUUUUCUUCUUUACAAUAUCACAGGCAGAGACAUAAAGCUCAAAGCUUUACAAUGCACAGUUUAAUUUGGGCAGAUUCUUCAAUGCAUUGUGGGGUAGAAGGUUAAUAUGAGAACAGGAUAUGAAAGGGGAAAAUUCUAAUAAAACCUUUUUUUAUGGGUAUUAUGAGGAACUAGAGCAUGCUGGCAACAGUGGAAGAAAAGUUAAAAAGGUCUUGACAAAAUAAAUUAGAGAGAGGCACAUCAGAAACAUAGUGAGCUAAGUACCCAAUUCAAUUAUUAAGUUGUCAGGUCCUCUUACUCAGGAGUGGAAUAGGAAGCAGUUUUUGUCUCUAGUGCCUUAAGGACAAGUGUGAAAAUGAGAAACAAACCUAUUUGGCAUGUUUCUUGCUGUCACUUAGACAAGCCAUUCAGAAGCCCGUGAAAUGUCUCGGAUCCGAGAUCUUUGGACUGUUCCCCAAAGCUAGGUCUAUAAAAGGAUAUAGGUGUCCAAAUUGAUACUGUUGUACGUACUAACUACUGCUCAACAAUCUUUUUGACUUUUGGGCCCCUUUUAUGAUAUAUGUGAAAACUUUUUUGGAGUAAAUAAAUCUACCGUGGUAGGAAGAUGGCUGUUUAAUCUAACCAGAAGGAAGUCCUGAGAAGCAUUCAAUGUCUUAAUCCCUCCAAGACAGGACAUAAAAACGGUUCUGCUGACUAAUCUCAACGGUCCCUGUCACCUGAUAUUCUGUCGCCAACAUUGGCCAUAAACAGUCACCUAGGGGACAGAAAAAGUGCCUGUGAUUCUUCCUUCCUAAUAAUCUCUCAGUCUCUAUUCUUAUUUUUUUCCAUUAAGGGGAUUUCCUGAUCAUUGUGUGGCUUGCAAAGGAGUUUCAAAGGUCUACUACCAAAUGAGCAAAAAAACCAAAACACAACCCUUUUUAUUUUGUCAGGAAGGUAAACCUGUCUCCUACUGCUGUAAUUUGAUAUCUUUUUUUUAUUCCAUAAAAAAGGUGGUUAACAAUCUUUUUCAAUACACCCUUUCCAUCCUAUCAUGAUUUUGCAGCCCCUGUUAUGCACUCCCUAAAUUGUCUCUUUGAUGGUGUGAAUAGGCCCAACUGACUUGGCCUUUUAUUUUAGACUUGGAUAACUUGCCUAGUCUGCAUGACUUAUACUUUCAGUUGGCUAAAUAGAUAUCCUAAACAGUAGCUUUAGACUGUAUGCCUCACUUUUAGACAGCCGCAGCUAGCUGAAAGGAGUUCGGUCUGUUAUCUAAGAUGUUUUGUGCUAACAAGGCAUCAGUUAUCUCCUGUGCCUGGUGUAUGUUGAUCCAAAGUCAACGGAAGUUAUUGGACAUAUCAGGCGUUGUAUUUUGCUGCUCACCAAUUCUGAUAAUGUCUUAGGCAAGUGUCAGAGAGAGCAACAAAAUGGAAAUGGCAGUGAUUGGCACAUUUCUCCACUUUAGAAUUUCAUGCCUCUAAGAGCAUAUGGAGUGAAAGUGAAGAACGAUGAGGCAGGUCAACAGAUCACUCUAACAACUUAUUAAUCUACAGUUCUGUCAGUCUAAGGGGCCUCGAAACACUGGAAAUGGCUGCAAUUCAUCCAUUUAGUUUAAGUGCAUUAACCCACAUAAUUAGGUGCAGCCUCUUCCAAAGCAGCAGCCCAGAGCAUAUUAAUGAUCCCUCACAUGGAGUCUGAACUGUGUUUCUCAUGUGUUCACUCAUUAUGGGCUUCCACACUGUGGAACUGAGUUGAACCUAAUUAGACCACAAAGAAAUAUGGUUAUAAUUGGUCUGGAGCAGCUUAGUAAAAUGUAAUAAGGUAGUUUAAUUGGCUUCUUCUUUAUAUUACAGAUUCUAGAAUUUAUCAUUUGCUUUGAACAGUGGACCAAGUCCAGCUCACCUUGCCAUGGAAAGCAGAUAAAUAAAACAUGUGAUGAUGAGUGGUAAUUCGGUUGAUGAUUAUACACAGUAAUAGCAGAAAUCAAUGAGUUUCACAAUAAAAGUCAGGGAUUCGUGAUCCUUGGAUGCCGUCAGUGACUCAAAUGUCAGUUUUAAGAGUAUCAGAUGCCAUUUAGGAAAGAAGAUAAGUCAUUGCUGCUUUGUAACCUUGUGAAACAGAGUUAUGAACGAUGCCAAAGUCCCUAGCUACUGUAGCAAGCAACAAUAAGCACAUGUAUAAAUGAAAUAAAGACAUGUCACCAAGUUGGACAACAAUAUAGAAUUAACACAUCACCCUGAGUCAUCCUUUCCCUUUCAGCUGCGCUGUUACUUGAAAUCAGCUGAAACUCGUCAAUUGGCUAUUCUGAAUGGCAGGCUCUAAACCUUGAGAACAUGCAUUUCCAGGUUUUUGGCUAAGUCAAUAGGAUCAUUAAAACCUGCAUUUGAAGGCCUUGCAAUCCUAGAGGGGAAAACAACUUUUUCUCCUAAAGGUUUUUAUAGGAUCAAAAUAGCUUGAUGGAGCUCAGGAAUGCCAACUAAUUGGGUGGAGUCCCUUUCACCUAACUUGUAUACAUAUUAAAAAGAAUUUUCUUUCCAAGCACAUCCAGCAAGGGAACCUCACCAACUCCCCAAGGAAAUUCCUCAGUGCUGCAGUUGAAAUAACUUUUCAGAAUGUUUUGCUUGAAUUUUCCAUUUUCUUAUUGCAACUUCUGCCUGGUUGCUUUACUGAACAACCUACGUAAUCUCUCCCCACCCAGGAAUAACACCAGUACAGUAGGCUAUAGUGAUUCAUUCCUGUGCUGGGUCUUUUUUUUUUUUCUCCCAGGGAAAAAAGCCAGAAAGUUCAUGUCAGGAGAAGGCAGAGCCUCUUUUUCACUCCUUUCUUCUCAGAGCUUGUAGACAUGAAAGACUCUGUAGCAGACAUCCACUGGAUAAACUUGAGCAUUAUAUGAGACACUACUACCAGAGGAAGAAAAGAAGUGUAUUGAGCAAAACAAAAUGGGCACAUUAAUGUGUGGAGAAGCCAUGAGAAGUUUCUUUGAAAAGAAAGAUGCAGGCAUGGGAGUGCAAAGAAAAAUUUGCUUAAGAAGGAGACCUGAGGGAAACCUGUUGGGACAGCGCAUACAUAAGCUCAGCGCAUGUUACCCCAGAGCAACUGUUCAGGCACUGUGUGUCUCAGGGAAUAGAUGGGAGGUGUUUUUGAGAGUGCGGCUUACAGACUCUACAGAGUGUGAAUGUGGUUGUGUAGCUGCAUAGGCCGCUUCCAUGCUGUGUGUAGUAACGUCACUGCAGGACGUUAACCCUGGAGGAGGAAGGAAGUGCACAUAGAGACAAGCUGGAGAGCACAGGGGACUCUGCCUAGUCCGGCUGACACUGGCUGAAGAUAACGCAUGGAUGUGAGAUCAUGAAAGGUGUUUGCUGAGAGAAGGACCCCAGGAGUGAUUACGGCAAUCAUCUGCCUAGCUGCGGUACUAACUUCCUAGUAGCCAGCUUGCUGUCACACUAGAUAAAGAAACAACAAAAAAAAGAACCCAAAGGAGUAUGUUGACAUACUGGAACAGCUUUUGUAAUGCAUGGCAAACAGGCAGUUAGCAGAACGCAGAAGCAUGCAGUGGUGACCGACACUUUUGACUGCAGCAGGUAGGAAAACACCAGAGAAGUCUGUAAUUGCAUCAUCCUUUCCCUUUCCUUUGCUUGCUUUAUAUUUCCACUGGGGCUUCUGACACGCUUAGCAGCAUUGCUAAGUACUGGAAAGCCUGGGCCAGGAUCCUCUAGUCCUGCACAUUCAGAUCACAGACUCAGCAGUUCUUCAACCUACAAGGUGGUUUUAGAGCUCGUUUUCUUUACAUGUAAGUUGGAUUCACUGCUGAGCCGAGAUUUGCCUCACCUUACUUUAAGUAUCUAAAAAAGGAGCACAGCCACUUUCAGCUCCUUUUACAGUCAGUGGAAAGAGAUCUUGGGAUGGGCUGUACUACUCUUCAGAGACGCUUAUGUUUCCCAAGGGUUGCUGUGUUCAGAAUUUAGAGCCUCUGUUAGGUGGGGUGAGUCUAGGCUGAGUUUCCCUUCACACUGCUCUGAUACAAAACCGCUCUCCAGUGGGCUAUAAAGUUUCAUCAGGGCUGUUUCUUCCCACUUUUCCAAAUCCCAUAUUGAUCUUUCCUAUGCUUUUAAGUGUUACUAACCUUCUGAGCCUGCAUCUUCAUUUGACAUAAAACCAAAUAAAAUACUCCACAGACGUAGCCAAGCAAGGCAAAAGGCAACCUUUCUAGAUGCUUCCAGGUUCCUGCAAUAUUUAUGGCCCUCAAAGAGAAAAUACAAAAACAAUGUAAAAACUGAAGAACAGUCACUCUCCACUCCUUAAGGCAAUUAGAGGAUUCAUAAAUAGCUUUAUAUAUUAAUGAAAAAAAUAGAAAACUUUGUUAUUUUUAUUUUACUGAAAUUUUACGUUAAUUCAAAUGAUAGCAGUUGGAAGGGACCUCUGGAGAUCAUCUAGUCCAACCCCCUGCCAGAGCAAGGUCACGUAGAGCAGGUUGCACAGGAAUGUGCCCAGGUGAGUUUUGAAUAUCACCAGAGACAGAGACUCCACCACAUAUUUGGGCAGCUUGUUCCAGUGCUCUGCCACCCUCAAAGGAAAGAAGUUCCUCCUCAUGCUUAGGUGGAACUUCCUGCGUUCAAGUUUGUGCCCAUUACCUCUUGUCAUGUUGCCUGGCACCACUGAAAAGAGCCUGGCCCCAUCCUCCUGACACCCACCCUUUAAGUAUUUAUAAGUGUUGAUAAGGUCCCCCCUCAGCCGUCUUUUUUCCAGACUGAAGAGACCCAAAUCCCUCAGUCUUUCUUCAUAAGAGAGGUGUUCCAGUCCCCUAAUCAUCUUGGUAGCCCUUUGCUGCACCCUCUCCAGCAGUUUCCUGUCCUUCUUGAACCGUGGAGCCCAGAAGUGGACACAGUACUCCGGAUGCGGCCUCCCCAGGGCAGAGUAGAGGGGAAGGAUGACCUCCCUCCACCUGCUGGCCACACUCUUCUUGAUGCACCCCAGGAUGCCAUUGGCCUUCUUGGCCACAAGGGCACAUUGCUGGCUCAUGGGCAUCCUGUUGUCCCGCAGGACUCCCAGGUCUCCUUCCACAGAGCUUUUCUCUAGCAGGUCAGCCACCAAACUGUCCUGGUGCAUGGGGUUAUUGCUCCCCAGGUGCAGCACCCUACACUUGCUCUUGUUGAAUUUCAUAAGGUUUCUCUCCACCCAACUCUCCAGACUGUCCGUCUAUAAAGAGCUUUGCAGUAGAUGAAGUCAGAGAAGUGAUAUCGAUAGGGUAUGGUCACAAAACUCUAGUACCGGAUGGUAUGAGAAGACUUACUAAGACAACUUUUAGAUGGCAGAUACAUCUAUGUGGAGAAAACCGAGCAGUGGCUGAAAAGAAUUGACAUGUCAUGAACACCUAGUAAAGACAAACAGCUUUAUAUUUUUCCAUGUUUGGGGACAGAUAAAAGGGAGUUUGGGGUGGAAACUGCUGUUAGUUCUUCUGUUAAUGUGUCUGGUUCUUACAAGCCAGUUAGAUCCCAGGUGUAAACAGGGCCAAGUCUGUCCCCACAUGAACAGAAGUCAGUUCCUGAUCCUUGAUCUUACUAAGAAAUGACAGCAAAUAUCACCAACCAAUCUGUGCUUUAAAACAUGACAGGGGCUUAUCAUACUUUCCUGCUAGUCAAUAACUACUCUUCAACAUCUAUAUGGUGUUCCCGGGCUAAAAAUCUUCAAGAUUUCUCUUGUAUUAGAAGCUGAAGAACAAUCAUGAUGAGAAGUAUUUCACUUCACAUUUUUCGGCUUUCUAUUUGAGGUAAACAUUUCUGCCUUUAUCUUAACUACACCAUUCAUCAAGGCUUGUAUUUUACCUUCUUCUAAAGGGCAAGGGCAGUUUCGAAAGACGGAAGGACAGCACUGAAGCACCAAAAAGCCACUCUGAACCUCAUAUCACCAUAGUAUACUAUUAUUUUCCACAACUGGUGAAUCAUUGUCUAUAAAAUAGUUUGAUUUUGUCUGCUUCACUGAUGAGUAAAGUGUGGGAAUUUUUUCUUUUUCCUCAGAUUUGCGGAUGUGGGGGAGCAAAAGUUUGUAAUUGAAUUAGAAGGCGCAUUAUUCUCUCAGUUGUGGCAAAAAGAUCACUGUGAGGUGGCCCCAAAAGGCAGAAUACCUGCCUCACACCUUCUGGGAUCCUCAUUCUCAUUUCUAGCCCUUAAGGGCACUGUACAUAUGUGUAUCAGCUGGUGGAAUACCAGGGAAAGGACAUGGAAAUGCUGCCAGGCCUCCAAGAAAUACAGGUAAAACUGCAGAGAGGGGAUGGCAAGAGGGGAUAAGGAUUUGGAAGAUGAUCCAGUGAGGGUUGGAGUGGGGACGAGGUUUGGAAAGGUUUGAAAAGUCAUCUCUCUGGAAAAGGGUAUUAUUCAACAGUCACUUUUUUUCCCUUCCACCAUUCUGUCCACACUCUCCCAUGGAUUUUCCCCAAGCUCAUCGUAGUAUAAUUAGUGGUCUGAUCUGUCCAAUCAAAAACACAGAUGCACAUUUUGGGAGCAGAGCUUUCUCCUUACAUGCAGCCAAGUGUCGCAAUCCUGGCACUUGCUUCAAUUUCAUUAAUCCCUGACUUGACCAGGAGUAAAGGCUUACCGCUGAUUUAUGGAUUGUUUAGUUUGGACUCAGACCAUAUUGAUACCAAAGGAAUUAAGGAUUGCAUUCAGUCUCCCAAUAAACCCCUGUAUAUCUAGAGCACCAAAACAAGUUAGAAAAGAACUGAGUAAUAUGCUGCUCUCCUGCUCUCAGCAGUCCCUCCCACGUAUUAUUAAACACAGUUCUCCACAAACAACUGUGAUAUUUUUACAUUUUUGCCCCCUACACUGAGCAGUGACUUUAUAAGAUAUAGUCUGCCUCCCAGGACCCAAUCCCCCUGCAGUUAAUAAUAAUGUUCCUCUUGGUUUUAGCAGUCUUUGAUUCAUACCCUGAUUUGUUAUUCACUUGACCACGCUCCCUUUUCAUACUUUGUAUCACAUGGAAACUUUCGCAUUCUCCAGAAAAUUACUUCUGUCUCUGCAAAACCUCUUGAGAUAUGGCAGGCACUAAAAUCAAGAACUGGAGCUAAGAAUAGAAAAGCAAGAUGGUAAUCAUGACAAUAAAAUCUCCCAGAUCACCAGUCAGAGAAAACAUUUCCAUACACCUUUGGAGAGUUAAUGUUCCCCAACCACAACCCAAUUAUAAGUUACAUGGAGGCAGGAGGUUGGGAGUGAAAGAAUGGUCUCUUACUGGUCUCUAUCACAGCCCAUAAGCAUAACAUAAAAACAUAUAAACCAGGGGAACUGGCUGGGCCGUGUCAGCAGGUCUGAAAGGAUGAUUGCAGGUGAGGUAAAACCCUGGAGUGGGUUGUGAGAUCAGAAGAAAGAGAGGUAAUUUAGUUAGUAAGCCACAAAAAUCUCAGCAGUGUUGGUGAAAGUCCUUUAGUGUUUCUUCCUUGACCACACAGCUAUUGCUUGUGUAUAAUAAAGACCUAAUUUGCCCUAUACACUCCAUUACUGGCUUAACCUCACUGUUUUUGCAUUAUAUGUAACAAAUGCUGUGCUACAGUGGUUUUAUAAAAUAAAGUUUUGUAAAGAAAACUUCUCUUUCUCUUAGUUUUUUUUUUCCUUUUGGUUUUAACGGACAUUUAUAAAAUCCCUGAGAUGAGACCUACCACAAA